AUGCCCAGGGAUCCACUUAUUGGUAUUGUCGGUAAGCCUUCUUCAGGGAAAUCGACUACUUUGAACUCUUUGACCGAUGCAGCUGCUCAGGUAGGAUCGUUUCCGUUCACGACAAUCGAGCCUAACAGGGCUACUGGUUACUUGCAGAUACAAUGCGCCUGUAGCCGAUACGGGCUCGAAAAACUGUGCAAACCGAAUUAUGGAUGGUGUUCUGCAGGGAAAAGACACGUUCCAAUUAUGCUGUUGGAUGUAGCGGGUCUGGUUCCAGGAGCGCAUUCCGGCCGAGGUUUGGGGAACAAGUUUUUAGAUGAUUUAAGACACGCAGAUGCAUUGAUACAUGUUAUAGACGUGAGCGGGACCACCGACUCAGAGGGCAAGAACACCCGCGGAUAUGAUCCUCUUUACGACAUCGAAUGGCUACAAGAUGAGAUUCGACUUUGGAUUGAAGGUAAUUUGGAAAAAAGAUGGGGUUCUAUUGUUCGCAGACACACCGCAACGAAGGCGAGCGCAGUGGACACUCUGCAAGCUCAAUUCGGUGGUUAUGGGUCUCACGCGCCAAUGAUUCAACGUGCUUUACACAGGAUUGAAGGGUUGCCUCCUUUAGAGAAGUGGGACCGUGAAUGGAUCACCAAGGUAGUCAAGUCAUUUAUGAUCGAGAAGUUUCCAACGGUCUUAGCUCUAAACAAGAUUGAUCACCCUGACGCUGACAAAAAUGUGUCAAAGAUCAUGUUGAAAUACCCAGAUACCAAGGCGGUGUUGGCCAGUGCCAUCACAGAGGUCUUUUUAAGAAAACUGAAGAAACAAGGUUUCGUGCACUACGAAGAAGGUACGGAGUUUGUAGAUACCUGUGAAGACGACCCUGACAAUCUAAAAGCCCUGGACGACAAGUUGUUACAAAGAAUUGAAAACAUUCGGGACCUGGUGUUGUAUCGCUUCGGGUCUACAGGUGUGGUACAGGUACUUCAGGCUGCCGCGGACACAUUAGACUUGAUACCCGUGUACACCGUGAGAAACAUCCAUACGUUCACCGGAAGUCAUGGAGAGCAAGUUUUUCGGGAUUGUUUCUUGAUCAAGAAAGGCACAAGUGUGGGGAAAGUGGCACGGUUUGUAAUGGGGGAGGUUACUAUCGCAGCGGUCGAAACUAUCAAUGGUGUAAGGGUGAGUGAGGACGACGUCGUGGAUAAGGGAAAAAACGACAUCUUGACCUUCAAGCUGGCCCCGAAGAGUAUGCACUGA